AUGACCCAGGGAGAGUGCUCCGACCCUUGCGAGGGCGAUCCGGGAGAGACGGCAGGACCAAGGCAGACACAAGAGCACCAUGCGAUUCAAUUUCAAGAGCGACCGGCGGGCGCGGAUGACGAUUUCGGGCAGCAUGGAUAUCCGACCCCGGGGGUUAUCAGGGAGGCGGUCUUGAACAUCGAGGACAACGGCGGCUGCGGAAUGCUAGGAGGGGAGGGCAGGCAGGGCAACGGGGCCGUGAUGGGUGGAGAGAGAGCGAGCCAUGCAUCGUCCACGACAGACCUGCGUCGGAUCGUACUACCUAGUCAGAUCAUCAGUCGACUCGAGGCGGUCGAUGAGGAGACCGCCACGGACACUGCGGUAGAGGUUCCCCCUUCGCUGGUCAUAAACCCCGACCACCAGUGCAUCGUCAGCGAUGAGACAAACCACGGCGGGACUCUGGAAGCAGAAGUUGACAGAAGCGGUCGAGCCGAAGUUAAGCUGCAUGGUACAGCGACGGACGAGCGUGUCACACAAGGAGAGGACGCAGCUGCGCGGGCCGAGCCUGUGCCGCAGGACAAUGUGAUCGUGCUGAGCGAAAGCGACGUACUACUCGGCAUUCUCAUCGUCCUUGAGGGCGUUGUGAUCCAGCGAUUCUCUGACCCGCCAUCAAUCCUCGACGCUGUCGCCUUCACCACUUGCAACGUCGCCUUGCUGUGUCUCGUUCCUGCGGACCGGCGGAUGUGCUUGAGAUGA